UCUGGUUGUACGAAUUGCUCGCUAGUGCCUGGUUCGUGGCUUGGGUGAAGCGGGAGCAACUGAAAGUCUUCGUCAUGUUAAGGCCCAACUUUCAUUAGUCAUUCAAGUUGGUCACUGACGCCGAAGCGGAGACCCAUUGAGACAAUCUAAGGAAAGAAGGGGAAUAAAGCUCUGUAAGGUUACAGCCUUGUCCCGUUCAGAGUCAGUGACCAAUGACUGCUGACCUUUAAUCAUGGGCACGAAGUUUUGGCACGAUUGGAGAGACACUCUGCCGCACAAUAAUUUGCUAGUGGAUGUGAUUGUGCGUGCUUUGACUUUCGGGAAUACGUUCAGAGAGGAAGACUUGGGAAGCGCAGACGUGGUUGUGACUGAUGUUAUUAAAGUAGUUCAACGUAUGAUACGUAAAUACCUACUCACACUCUAAAACAUGAAUUUUUUUGAGAAUUGUUCAGUAAGCAACUGCUCAAAAAGUUUCACGUUUUAGAGUGUGAGUAGUUUUUUACGUUCCAUACAACGAGAAGGCGUCGAGAGGACGUCCUCAAGAUCAAGAAGUGCAAACCUGUUUACAACGAACGGAGAACAAGCAGAAGCAGCAUCAAAAGCCCAGGCUCAGGA